UCUACAGCUAGUGUGACAAAAGAUCAGUGACGGAAAAAAAAAUCGCAAGUCAAAUCGCUGUGGGUGUACCCUACCGUAAUUAAAGCAAGAGAAUUGUGAAUUGACGCAUUCAUACGCAAAUGAUCAAAUCAUUGAAAAUCCGUCUAUUCAAUUUGCUGUGUAUAAAAGGGUGUUCACUAUAUUACGGCCUUCAACAAGCGAAACGGUUUUAUCUUAGUCUACGCACGUGUCGCAAACUCGGUAAACAUGUCUCUCAGGCAACUGUGCAAAGAAACUAGUAAACGGCCGUCAAAAGUGUUACUGUAUUUUCCACAAGAAAGGACUACUGGUAUCGCCCCUUCAAGGUUGAUUUUGGGUAAAAGCUUCGAAUACAAAGAAGGGAGCAUGGUGACAGUCAACUGGGAGGGCAAGAAGAUACAAGCAGAGAUUAUAGCUGUGGGUGAUAACGAAGAGAUUCUCAAUCAAAAAGACAUUGAGUGGUCAUCCAAGUUCAUUUCUGCAACUGAACCCGAUCCAAUUUCCAAUCAGUCCAAACUACCAGUCGAAAAACAGGAAGAAAGCCAGCAGCCACGGAAAACUCGAGUCAAUUCAAGUAUUCAUAAGGAAAGUUCAGUGACUUAUGGGGAUCCAUAUAGUGCGUUUCUGGCUGAGCAGAAAAAGAGAGAGGUUGAAUGGGCUACUAAUCGAGUCAAAAAGAAAGCGAAAUGCACGGCGACCACAGAAAAAGAUUUGGAGGCCGUAAACCAGCAGUUAGCCGCUAAGGAGGCUGAAUGUAAAACCCUGAAGGGACAACUCGACAACAUUCAGCUUGCCAGUGUCUCUGUUGUGGAAGCUGUGCAUAACAAAGUACAGGAAGGCGUCUGCAAGAUGAUGGAGACAUUACAGGACACACUGUCUGCAAUGGAGGAUAACAUGUCCCUUCGACUAAACAAGAUUGAGCAACGUCUGGAUUCGUUAGAGAAAGUGUUCAGUGAUCCAGGAGUAAAUUGUGGUCCAGUUCCUCAGACCGGUAACUUGCAAACCAUCGACCACGAGGCUUUUUGGCAUUCCUCAGCGAUGAUCCGAUGGAAGUGUUCGAACCAGUGCCUUCAACUCCACUAGCACCAACUACUCCGCAAACACCGGCACUCCAGCCAUCAACCCUCGAGGACGACAUAGUCGGUGAAGACGUCAUACGAUCGUUGGUGACGCCCAGCAAAUCGAAAGGGGUGCGAGACGUCUUGGAAAAGGAAAA